GCAGCCUCAUAACGAAAGCCUGGCGCUCCUACAUGGAUGAAUUGGAUCAUCAAGCAAAACAAUUCAAAAGCAAUGCAGAACUACUCGAAGUCGUCUGCGAAAAGCUGACACAUUUAUCACAGGAUAAACGUAAAGCACGCAAAGCUUAUCAGGAGGAGCAUGCCAAGAUCGCAGCGCGCCUCAAUCAUGUAAGUUGA